UACCUGCACGGUGCAGUGCUCCCUACGACCGAAUGAAAUCGAUGUUCUUCAAUGACUCUUGUGUCAUUUGAUACUAAGACCAUUAGUUUGAGGCUACCAUUAGCGAAAAAGAAAGAAAAAUAUUCAUUUCUGAACGAGUCCAUAACGAAGGAAGUUUUCAAUUAUUUGGGUUAACCUUUAAAUUCUCUCGGGGAGACACAGAACAGUCUGGGACACGGAAAGAAGCGUAACUGUGAAGAAAAAAAGAAAAUAUAAGAAUGGUAAUUUGAAGCCCUGAACGGGAUACGAAGUAAGCGCGGUGCCAAAACUCGUAUGGUGCAAGCAAAAUAGAGGAGCUGUGUUCAGCGAGAUGUCAGAACGCGCAACGUGACAGUGGAACCAGGCCAUGGGGAAGCACAAGACAGCCAGUAAGGUUUGGACAAGCGGCCAAGAUGCCGCUUCCGACACAAAGACAGCAGGUGCUCCCAUGCCAGAAGGACUUUCUCGAGCCACGGACGAGAAGGUUAAAGUUUCCUGGGCGGACAUCGUGCGGGAUUCAGCAGCGCUUCGCAGCAAGGCGUUCUCGGAGAACGUGUCGAUGCAGGGCCUGGCCCCUAUCUGCGACCCCAGGUCCAGCCGGAAGAGAAAGUUUCUGUGGGCGUUGAUCGUGGUCCUGGCGGUGACCUUCACGGCCUACAACAUCUUCACGCAGAUCAACAUGUAUCUUGUGACCCCUAUUACCGUCGUCGUGGACUACAUCCGCGCGCCGACUCUCAACUUCCCCACCGUUACCCUGUGCAACAACAACUAUGCCAGCCUCACGGUCCUGAAAGCAUACAAUGCGGUGCAGCAGGUCAAGGACACCAAGCCGCUGCCCUUUGACCUGGACAUUUCGUCUCCCAACUAUACGGGGUUCGACUUCACGCCGUAUCACAAGGCAGGAUGGGAGAACUUCUACCGUGCCUUCGGUCAGAGGAUGGAUGCCAUGAUGAUCAAGUGCCAGUGGGAGCUGAGUAGUUGCAGUAUAAACAACUUCACGGAGAGUUUCACAGACAUGGGACUCUGCUAUUCCUUCAACGUUGACGGCAGUUUGGUGGCCCGACAAGCGGGUAGGUCGUAUGGCCUAAAAGUGACUCUCGACGCUCAGCAGGCCGACUACCUUCGCAGCAUGGACCAGUACUAUGGCGCCGGCUUCAGAGUCAUGGUUCACGCGCCAGGCGUCCCCCCGAUCUUGUCGGAGAAAGGAGUGGCUGUGUCCGCAGGCCACCAUAACUUCCUGGCCAUCGACAUCAAACAGCUGGUGAACGCCGAACCUUCCAUCAGUAACUGUGGCUCCAAGGCGAUGAAAUACUACACAUCCGGGUACUCCACGGAGGCCUGUCGCAUCGAGUGUCGGACCGACUACGUCAUUGACCGCUGUGGUUGCCGUGACCUGUACAUGCCCAACAAAAACCUCCGCAUCUGCGACCCGCCCGAGUUUUACCUAUGCAUUUUUCCCACCUUGGAUGAAUACCUACUGGGUAACAACGUCUGCGAGGACACGUGCCCAGACCCGUGCUCAGAGACCAUCUACCACGUGACACCGUCAUCGAAUCCUUUCUCGGAUAACUUUCUGCAGGAGUUCUCCGACCUCAAGGGUCGCAACAUCAGCUACUGGAGCAAAAACCUGGUGCACAUCGAGAUCUACCUGACCUCCAUGACCUACGAGAAGGUGGAGAAGCAGUUGGGUUACACCCUCCUGCAGCUCUUUUGUGACGUUGGUGGCGCCUUCGGGCUUUUGCUCGGGGCUAGUCUUCUCACGAUCCUCGAAAUUAUCGACUUCUUCGUCUGCCAGGUCAGCUCCGUACCUGCAGCCAAGACGACCACCAAGGUCAGCAAGGUCAAGGUAAAACCCAUAGACCCGUAGAAAAGUAGGCGUGUCGUCACAAACUGGAGUCACCUCAGAUGGUUCCUCGUCUUUCGUGUACAAAUUAUCGACACUAUACAAUAUACAUGUUCUUGAUCUCUCUAGCUCUGGACAAAUCACGCACCUGUGUUAAAA